GGUACACCUAAGACAAAAUAUUAAAAAAUCUAGUUGUGUAAACUGGUGUGGUAUAUACAUCAACAUCAGUGGCUGGUGGUGGGUGGUUCAGUAUCUCACCGCCGCAUCAUCAUCUUCACUGCAAGCUUUUCCGACAAUCCAGCUUGUUCUUCCUCCACAAGCAAUCAUAUCAACCAACCCAACUUUUAUAAACAAAGUGAAAGACUGCUGUGUUCAUAAUUCUUUCAUUAGGGUUUUGUGUUCUUUGUAAUCUGAGUGCAAAAAGAUUGGUGCUUUUGGCUUCAACUCCCGAGGAAAUCAAGACUCUUUCUUGGGCCAUAUUCCAUAAGCAUCAUUAAAGAUUUUCUACCCAUAAUUAAGUUGAAGAAUAUGAAUAACUUUUCACAUGUUCCUCCCGGUUUUAGAUUCCACCCAACGGAUGAAGAACUUGUAGAUUACUACCUCAGGAAAAAGAUUGCGUCGAAAAGAAUUGAUCUUGAUGUUAUCAAAGACAUUGAUCUCUAUAGGAUUGAGCCAUGGGACCUUCAAGAUUUAUGCAAGCUAGGAACUGAGGAGCAAAAUGAUUGGUAUUUCUUUAGCUACAAGGAUAAGAAGUACCCAACAGGAAAUCGCACGAAUAGAGCCACAAAAGCUGGCUUUUGGAAAGCCACUGGAAGAGAUAAGGGCAUAUACUCCAAGAACAAUUUAGUUGGCAUGAGAAAGACCUUGGUGUUCUACAAAGGUCGAGCACCAAAUGGACAGAAAUCAGAUUGGAUAAUGCAUGAGUAUAGACUAGAAACAAAUGAAAACAACACUUCUCAGGAAGAAGGAUGGGUUGUAUGCAGGGCAUUCAAGAAGGGAAUAACGACUGUUCGUAGGAUGGAUGAAUACCAUUCGUUGUGCCGGUUUGAUGAUCAAGUUUCAUUCAUGCCAAAUUUUGAACCACCAAGGAUAACUAAUCCUUACACUUCAACUAGUUCAUACCAUCACCAGUUCCUUGCAAAAUCGGAGCUCGAUCAAUUGCAUUACAACUUACAUCAAGAUCACCCCUUCCUUCAACUUCCCCAACUAGAAUCUCCCAACAUUCAACAUACCCCUGCUCCCAAUUUUCAACCAACAACUCAACAGUUGAACAUCAACUUGCUUUAUGGUAACAGUGGUGAACAAGAUCUUCAAGUGACUGAUUGGCGGUUACUUGAUAAAUAUGUUGCUUCACAGCUUACUAAUGAUCAAGAACCUUCUAAACCUCUUCCAUCUCCCGAUAUGUCUGAACAUAUACACCUGCUUUUAUGUGAGUCUAAGAGCGAAGAAAUGACAUCAGAAUGUGCUUCAAUAUCUACCUCUACUUGCCAGGUUGAUCUUUGGAAGUAAUGAACUAACAAAAAAGAAUUGAGUUUCUAACUACAGUUACCAAAUAAGGGGAGAAAGAUGCUAAAUAUAUAUUGGCGAAAAACUGUCAUGUAGUGGUCUUUAUCAUAUUAAUUUGUCAGUCUAAGCAUUGUUUAGUAGAUAUGUAUGUAAUUCAUAUUACACAUCUCUAAUUAUGUAUGUGUGUACUUUGAUUGUUUUGGUUUGUUAAGACUAAUUAACAAAGAUAUGGAAGUGCUUAAUUAAUGUAUUGUUUCUUU